AUGGGUGUAGUCGAAGAGGGCCUCCUCUCCAAACUCACCGUAACCAAUGCAGUCCUGGCUCUGGUCGCCUACGUCGGCUUGAAAUUCCUGUAUCAGAUUGUUUAUUAUCGCUUCUUCUAUCCGCUGUCUGUCUUCCCUGGACCGUUCUGGGGCAGUGUCACCCGACUAUGGAUCGCAUGGCAUAACAUGAACGAGACCGAGCUGCCGACGGUCUACGAAUUAACAAAGAAAUAUGACCUGCCAGCUAAGACAGACAUUCAACCCAUCAUAGGCCCUGUUGUGCGCAUCACUCCCACACUCCUCCUCGUCAGCGAUCCCAAGAAGCUCCCCGAAAUCUACCAUCGCAAUGCCGACAAGACCGGCCACUACAUCACCGGAUCGUUCGGCGAGACCGAGUCGCUGUUCAAUAUGCGCUCUCACAAGACCCACGCCUCCUUCCGCAAGCACAUCGCCGGCCCCUACAGCUUUUCGAACGUGCGCAAGAUGGAGCCGUUGAUCGAUGCCCGCAUUGGCGACUGGCUGGCGAAGUUGGAGGAGAAAUUCGUGAGUUCUGGAGAGGAAUUUGACUUUGCCUGGUGGGCAGUAUACAUGGCAUACGACGUGAUCAGCGAGGUCGGCUUCGGCGCGCCGUUCGGAUUCAUAGAACAAGGCAAAGAUGUCGGUGGGCUCAUCCAAGGCUUCCACGACGGCCUCCCGGCCUUUGGACUCCUCGCGCGCUUGCACCCCUUCACCAGCUGGAUCAAGACGACCUUCCUGAAGAAGUACCUCGUGGCGAAACCCGAAGAUGACUCCGGCAUUGGCGUCCUCAUGCGCUUCCGAGACCGCUUGAUCGACCAGCGACUGCGCGACAUGGAAAAGAGUGGCGGAGAUAUCGGUCGCAUCGACCUCCUCCAGACGUUCCUCGAUGCGCGCACGGAAGACGGCAAGCCCCUCGAUAUGGAAUACAUCAAGGCCGAGGUUCUUCUGGUGCUGUUGGCGGGCGCCGACACGACCGGCACCGUCUUCCAGGCAUUGAUGUACAACCUGUUCGUGAACUCGGAAAUCUACGAACGCAUGAUGGAAGAAAUCGACAAUGCCGUCCGGAAGGGUCUGAUCUCUGAGGACAUGCCGCAGUACGAUGAGAUCCUGGAGCAUCUUCCGUAUUUUGUCGCCUGCGUGCGGGAAACCCUGCGUCUCAACCCGCCCGCCCCGAACAUCUUCCCUCGCUAUGUGUCGGAGCCGGGCAUGGACCUCUACGGCCGCUUCGCGCCCGCUGGCACUGAGAUCUCGGGGAACCCCUGGAUCAUGCAGCGUGACCGUGGUCUCUUCGGCGAGGAUGCGGAGGAGUUCAAGCCGGAGCGAUGGCUGGAUCCCGAGCAAGCCAAACUGUUCAACAAAUAUCUUUUCACCUUUGGAUACGGGGCACGGGUAUGUCUGGGCCGCGAUGUGGCCAUGAUGGAGCUGUUCAAGGGGCCGCUGCAGUUCUUCCGUCACUUCAAGCCGACGGUUGUGCCCGGCAAGCCGCCUGCGCGGUUUGUGAUCAAGGGGGGCGUUGGCUUCUGGAGAGAUCUGUGGGUGACUAUUGAGAAGCGGCCUCAGGUGACGAGGGAGUAG